AUGGACGUUGAGCCCACGGUGAAGACGGUAGUUUCCAGAGGUGAGCUUUUCCGCAGAAGACCAGAGGUCAGGGAGGAGAGGAAAGCUUCCUUGGAGAAGGUUUUCAGCAAGAUGACCACCAGAUAUGGAGAAGAAGAAAAUAAGGGUUUUGGUGACUAA